GCUUUCGACAGACGAUUUUGCUUUUUCUACUCUCUUCUUUUACUUUGAAAACCUUGAACAGUUCCCAGCUUUCCAAAUUCAAUGUUUGCUUCAGCUUCUGUUGCGGUUGGGAGGGAGAGUGGAGGGAGGAGGAUGGAGAGGGAACCGACCAAGAUUUGUGCUCCGAUAAUGGCGGAUUCUGUGGAUGAGAUGUUGGUUUUUAUGGGCAAAGCUAAAGCUAGUGGGGCUGAUCUUGUUGAAGUUCGAUUAGAUAGUUUGAAGGGUUUCCGUCCUCAGGAGGAUCUCAAGGUUUUGGUCAAAAAGUGCCCUUUGCCCACUCUGUUCACAUACAGACCAAAAUGGGAAGGCGGUCUGUAUGAUGGUGAUGAAAAAGAGCGUUUAGAUGCACUUCAAUUGGCCAUGGAGUUGGGAGCUGAUUACAUUGAUGUUGAGCUUCAGGUUGCUGAUGAAUUCAUUAAAUCGAUUCAUGGUAAGAAACCUGAGAAAUUCAAAGUCAUUGUUUCCUCACACAAUUAUCAAAACACUCCAUCCGUUGAGGAGCUUGGGAACCUUGUUGCAAGAAUACAAGCAACUGGAGCUGACAUAGUGAAGAUAGCAACAACUGCCAUGGAUAUAACUGAUGUGGCACGCAUUUUCCAGAUAACUGUGCAUUCUAAAGUUCCAGUCAUUGGACUUGUUAUGAGUGAGAGGGGGUUGAUUUCUAGGGUACUCUGUGCAAAAUUUGGGGGGUUUCUCACUUUUGGAACCCUUGAGGGUGGAAUUGUUUCAGCUCCUGGUCAGCCAACAAUCAAGGACCUGUUAAAUCUGUACAAUUUUAGGCUAAUAGGUCCUGAUACUAAAGUGUAUGGCAUUAUUGGGAAGCCUGUGGGGCACAGCAAAUCACCUAUUCUAUACAAUGAAGCAUUCAAAUCAGUCGGCUUCAAUGGGGUGUACUUGCAUUUGCUCGUGGAUGAUGUUGCAAAAUUUUUCCAGAUUUACUCAUCCACAGAUUUUGCUGGGUUCAGCUGUACAAUUCCUCACAAGGAGGCUGCAGUAAAGUGCUGCGAUGAGGUUGAUCCAGUUGCAAAGGCUAUUGGAGCUGUUAAUUGCAUUGUGAGGAGACAAAGUGAUGGGAAGUUGUGUGGCUACAAUACAGACUAUGUUGGUGCUAUUUCUGCUAUUGAAGAUGGACUACGAGGCACAUCUAAGACGAGUACUACUGCUGCUUCACCCUUAGCUGGGAAGCUGUUUGUGGUUAUUGGUGCUGGUGGUGCUGGAAAGGCACUUGCUUAUGGUGCAAAAGAAAAAGGAGCAAGGGUUGUCAUUGCCAAUAGGACCUAUGAUCGAGCCAGAGAACUUGCAAACACAAUUGGAGCAGAUGCCAUAUCUCUUGCUGAUUUGAAUAAUUUCAAUCCAGAGGAUGGAAUGGUUCUUGCAAACACCACAUCCAUUGGAAUGCAGCCAAAAAUUGAUGAAACACCUAUUUCUAAGCAUGUUCUGAAAUACUAUUCACUGGUUUUUGAUGCGGUAUACACCCCAAAAAUAACCAGACUUCUGAGAGAAGCACAAGAAUCUGGGGCAAUAACUGCUUCUGGGUUGGAAAUGUUCAUUGGGCAGGCAUAUGAACAGUAUGAGAGGUUCACAGGAUUGCCUGCACCAAAGGAACUCUUCCGAGAAAUCAUGUCAAAAUAAGUUCCCGGGUGUGAGAUUCAGUUGAAGUGAAAUACAACAAUACCAUUUGGCUCGUUUCCCUUUGUAUUUGUUUCAUUCAUGGGAGCUAAAAAUUUGAAACUCUCUCAGUAAGAGAAGCUUUCUUUGUCCUCUGAAUAAUAUUGUUGUUACUUGUUCAUGAACAUAAAAAGAUUGGUCUUGGCUUUGUAUUGGUACUAUGGUUCCCAGAACUGUUUCUGUGACUUGGUUCAAUCAAUAUAUUCCCUAUUUACCAAAAUAAGAAGAUUGGCCCUUU